AUGGAAUUUAUGAGUGAUAUUGGCUCAGGCGCCGACAUUUAUCGUCCCUCUUUGUUCGAGUUAGUCGCACAGGAAAAAUUGCGCGAUCUCAUUCAACCAGCUGUCAAAUAUAUUUUAUCGGUAUAUGCUCAACGAUAUCCUCGAUACUUGCUUCGCUUAUUUAAUCAAUUUGAUGAGUUUUAUGCUCUCGUAACGUUAUUGGUUGAGAAACACUACUUGAAAAAUUAUUACGCGUCUUUUGCUGAAAGUUUUUAUGGAUUGAAAAGAAUUCGGUCGAUACGAACAAAAAUCAACUUACCUGAGGCAGCACCGGAUGCCGAUUUACAAAAACUAAAGAAUUCUGAUAUAUGGCUAUCCUUAUGUUUUUUGGUUGGAAUUCCUUACAUAAAAACAAAGCUCGAUAAUAAAUAUGAAGAAAUUAGUGGAGGUGUUGGUGCAAGAUUAUUAGGUGUCACAUUUUCUCGAGAAAAUAAUGAGGGAAAUAUCCAACAGCUUAAUCGUAGAGAACGUAUACGUCGUUUCAUCCGGCGAUUUUUUAAGAUAUUUUAUCCAUGGCUGAAUGCUUUUUAUCAUGGUUCAAACCUAUUAUAUAACAUUUUAUAUUUAUAUGAUAAAACGUGUUAUUACACACCAUGGCUAAGGUUAAUGGGUAUAGAAAUUCGUAGAAUGACCGCACAAGAUUACCGUGAGCAGUCUGAAAGAAGAAAGAAUUUACCAAGAAAUAAAUUGCAAUCGACAACGCUGCUUCAAAUCAGUCGUUAUUUUUCAAGCCUGAUUUUAUCGGACUUGCUAGACUUUCUCAAAAUUCUAUUGCCAAUGUCUAUAUUCUUUUAUAGAUUCUUGGAGUGGUGGUAUUCGAGCGAAUAUGCAAGACAACCAGGUCGUGUCAAUGGAAUAGAUGUGCCACCUCCUGAAAUUAUAGCGCCUGAUCCGCGAGGAAUUCCGCUUCCAGACACACCUAACGUAUGUCCAAUUUGUUCGAAUCUUUUGACUAAUCCAACAGCACUUUCAUCCGGGUAUGUUUUUUGUUAUCUUUGCAUUUCUCGUCAUAUCGAGGAUUAUGGGAGAUGUCCAAUAACUUUGAUCAAAGUUGAGAUCGAUGAACUAAGGAAGAUCGAAAAUAGCAAAAUGAACACUAUUUCAGAAAAAGAAAAGGAGAUUGAUAUCGUAUCACAACCUUUUGACAAUGAACAAGUAAGAAUAUCAUCUCCUAACAAUUUAUCGGAGGAAAUUUUGUCAGAAAAAACUCAAGAUAAAGUUUCAGAAGCAGAGACUGAAUCUUCAACAAAAACUAAUACAUCAUCAAACUUGCGGAGAUCAACGAGAGCAAGGAAACCACCAAGUUGGUUGUUGCAAGAUGAUACAUUAAUCACUCGGCGGAAAUCACGCCGUAUAGAUAAUAAAGGCGAGGGAGAUGAUGAUAAAAAACAUGUUUCAGACGUUGAUACGAUCAAUGACACCAAUAAAUCAACACAAAAUGUUAAGAGAAAACGUGGGAGACCUAAAAAAUCUUCAAUUACAAAUUCUAGUGAAGAUAAUACCCCAGAUGAAAUAAUCAAUGAGUCACCAGCUUCCGAAGUUAUUAUAGUUAGAGGAGAACCAGUUGUAACAGCGAAGAAUUCAUCCGAGCAAUUAAACAGUGAAGAUUUUGAUAAAAAUGUUUCCGAUGGACUGGUUAAUGAUUCAAAUGUAUCAGUACCGAAUAUUCAAAAAAAGCGGGGAAGACAAAUGAAGAAUUCAUCCAUUCAAUAUAGUGAAAAAAAUAGUUCUGAGAAUGGAACAGAUGAAUCAAAUACAACAGAACCCAAAAUUCGACGGAAGAGGGGAAGAUCAAAGAAAGGAUCUUCGUCCCAAUCAAGCGAUGGUCAUGAGAAGAAUAGACCUGAGGAAAUGGCCAAUGAAUCAAAUGGCUCAGUACCUGAAGUUCGGAAAAAACGAGGAAGGCCAAGGAAAAAUUCAUCCGAAGAGUCAAGCAACGAUCAAGAUAAAAAUGUAGUUGAGGAAGAAAUCCCUCGAAGAAGGCGAGGAAGGCCGAAAAAGGAUUCAUCCACAAAAUCUAGUGAAAUUCUUGAUAGAAAUAGUUCUGAUGAUAGUAUUAAUAAUACCGAAUCCAAUAAUUCAGAACCUGAAGUACGAAAAAAGAGAGGAAGACCUAAAAAGUCUUCAACUGCGCAAUUAGACACUGUGAAGUCGACUACAGAAACUCGUAGAGCAAAGAAGACAAAAACGCGCCAAACUACGCAACAAAGUACACCUGGGAGUACAUCAGAGAAUUCACCUGAAAAUAUAAAUAAGAUUGCUUCAGGAGAUGAUCUUGCUCCACAACCUUUAGUUUCGAUUGAACAAAGUUCUUCGAGAAAUUCUCGUAAUCUUUUAGAAGAUAGUGGAAUGUCACUUUAUCAGGCGGUUCUUAUGCUAGAUAGUGAUUUAGAGAAUACUGUAUCGGAUUGGGUAGAGACUUAUGAAGUUGAUAAUCAAAAAGCUUUACUUAUAUUGAUAAAUUUCAUAAUUCGGUCGUGCGGAUGUCCCAAGACCAUCGAACAGGAGGCUAUUGAAGACGAAGAUGCAAUUGUUGAAGUUCUAAGCGAACUGCAAAAUGCAUUUAAAAAAGAACUUGUUACAGACUACCCUCUUGUUUCAAAGGCCAGGGAUUUUAAAAAAUUCCGCAGGAGUUUUUUGGAAUUUUUUCAUAGGCUGAUAAAACAGGUUAAACAUUCUAUAUUGUAUGACGGCCUAUUCUGUGAAACUAUAUACGCUUGGGUGUGUUCAAUGUCAAGCUCCGCCUUCCGUCCAUUUCGACAUACUGCAGCCGCAAUUGCUCUAUACUUGUUAAGCUGUCUUUGCGAGGUCGCUCAAGAGGUUCGAAAUGAAUUAAACAUUGCUACUCGUCAGCUAACUUCGGAACAAAUUAAGAACAAGAAUUCAAGGAAUCUAAGGAACCAAGAUAGGAUGAGUAGCUUACGUUCAAAAACUGCAGAAUUGACGGAGAAAAAGCAACAAUUAGAGUCAUAUUUUAAUGAUUUUUUUAAUGGUGUAUUUAUUCAUCGUUAUCGAGAUGUAGAAGCAAUAAUACGAGCAGAAUGCGUUAAAGAAUUGGGAGUUUGGAUCGUAAAAUAUCCUGAUCGAUUUUUAGAAGAUAAAGUUACGAGAUAUCUUGGUUGGCAAUUGUCGGAUAAAUCUCCGAUUGCUAGAGUAGAGGCAAUUAGAUCUUUAUCGCGUCUCUAUAUUAAUGAGACGUUCAUAAGUGGAUUGCGCAAUUUCACCGAGCGAUUUAAACCACGCUUAAUUGAAAUGGCUUUGCGAGAGGCCGAGCUUAGUGUUCGCAUUACUACCAUUAGUUUGUUAACCCAAAUAUAUAAAGCAGGAUUAUUAGAAGAUGAGGAUCGUGAUGAAUUAUCACAUCUUAUAUAUAGUGAUCUACCAAAAGUGAGAAAAUCAAUCGCUCCCUUCGUUAAAGAUUUACUAGACGAGGAUUUUAUUAGCUCGAAACUUACAAAGGUUCAAACUUUUUUGUCCAGUAACGACACUAAACGAAAAAACAGAAAUUCUAGUAAUGAAAUUGUAAAUUCUGUAAAACGUGAUUGGGUGUCUUUUAAAUGUUUGGCGGAAUUCUUGGUCAAAUACAGAAAGCCGAAAGAAGUUAUUGGAGAUGUAAAAAAUAAUAGAAUAGCAUUAGCUAUUGAAGCUCUCUGGGGUGAAAUGGAAAUAUUACAUGACUGGCAUAGUUUAGCCGAAUAUCUUUCCAAAGAUCAUUCCUUAACAGAUAACUCCAGUACUGCAAAAGAAUCUCAGGGUGAGAACGAUCCUAUUGAUGCUAUCGAGGAUUGUUAUAGACUAAGCGAGCGUGAAGAAUCUGUGUUAGUCCAGGUUUUUGUUGCUUGUCUUAAAUUGAUGCUUGUUGAUCCAUUAAGCAGAGAUAAGAAAAAGACUGAAGCACAAAUUGAAGAAAUACGCGAAGAAGUUUCGAGAAAGAUGGUACAUAUUUUGCCCCGAUUAUUGACAAAAUAUGCCCCUGAUGCAGGCCGGAUAGCAGAAGUUUUGCAAAUACCACCGUUAAUGAAUUUACAAGUGUAUUCGGAUUUACGUAUGUUAAAGGCUUACGAGUUACUAAUUGAAGAUGUCAAGAAGCUUUUCUUGAAACAUACACAUCUGCUGGUUCUUAAUCAUGCCGUUAGAACUUUCUCACACAUGGAGGCAUACGAAAUUUUUUCCUCAAUUACAGAGGCUAACUUGGGAGAUCUACAAGAGAUAGAAUUGUUGACAAUGGAUUUGAUUAGCGAUCAAGUACAUUCAUUAAGAGUGGCUUUAACUCGACUGGAAACAUUAAUUGGCUAUAAAUGUAUGAUUGAAGCCGUUGAAGAGAGCGAUGAUAAUCGCAAGGACAUGUAUUCUUGUUUCAUCGAUUUGACUCGGCGUGGUUUAUUGAGUAAUUAUGACGAACAACAGAUCAUCUGUUCAGCAAUUAGUUGUAUUUGGAACUAUUUGCUUUGGAAAGCUAAUGAAUUGCUUAUUUCCAAAAAUCAACCAUCUUCAGAGAUACCGCUUGAUAAAAUGAAUGACUUGAUUGUUAGAAGAGAUCAGGUAGUUCAAACUUUAUUUGAAGUUGGCUUAUCAAUUUCUUCAGAGGCACUCUUAAAAGUCAAAACAACGGCAUUUUCGACCCUUGGUAACAUAUAUUGGUUAUUUUCGAGUGAUAUAUUUAAUCCCGAAAUUCCUCAGCCUAGUGGUUCCCAAUUGAAUCUUUCCUGCCAUCCAGAUUAUCAAGAAAGAAUUGAACAAUUUAUAACUGAGGAAAUUCAAAAUUUUAGAAAUACAAUAUUAUCAGUAAAAUUAAAGCUCGAAGAAGAAACAAGAUCAAGAUUAGAGGAAACUGCAUUAAAAAUAUUAGAAGAUGCGUUAAAUAAAAAAUUAGAAGUGGCACAAAAUAAAGAUCAAAUUGAAAACGAAAUUGAAACAAUUAGAGAAAGAAUAGAUUACAUCCAGAACGAGGAUGAUGAAACCGAAAAACUUUUAGAGUAUGAACAAAUGAUUACACAAUUAAACGAAACACUUGCACAAGAAUAUGAAAAUUUUAGAGAACAAGAAUAUGAAAAACUUAAAAAAUUAAUUAAAAAUAUAGAGAUGUUUAUUGAUCCUGAAGAAAAGCAACAGAUUUUGGAAAUCAUUGGAACUCUUGCACGAGGUGUUAGAGGUGGUUGGUUUCAAGAUUCACGUGUCGCUAUUAUAUUAUGUCAAUUAGGAACCCUUGUUAGCGAUAUUGACGACUUAAUUCGAAAACUAGUCCAAGAUUUCAAGGAUCGUGUAUCAGGAGGCGAAGCAAAAUUAUUUGCAAAUAUAUUCAUUUCAUCAUUAAAAAAGUCUCAUGAACUUUACGUGGACAGUCACGUUGAGACAAUGAAUGGAACUACAUCACUUGCUCGUCUUUGUGCAAAUGCAUUGCAAUUACGAGAAACCAAUGAUAAGGCGUCACGCAAGAAUACCGAUUGUUUUGUUGAUUUUCACCAUAAAGGAAUUUCGUUUAUUACUUCAAUGAUAACGAAAUUCAGAGUACUUGAUAAAAGUGAUGAAGUUACGAAAUCAAUUAAGUUCUUCAAGAUUUUAAACACGUUUAUCGGAGGAAUGAAUGUUAAUGGUGCUCGACAAAUAUACUCAAUUCUUCAACAAGAAAUGAAUGUUCAUGAGAUUAGCCCGUCAGAAUUGGAUAAAAAAUGGGAACCUUAUUAUUUGUACGUGCAGAAGCUUAAUAACAUAUUAACGAAAGGAGGAGUUAGGAUAGGUAAUAAACGAUUCGCACCAGUUGAUGAUGAUGUUGAGAACUUGAGGUCUCCAAAGAAAAGAAAGCCUCCCACCAAAGAGGAUGAAAGAAAUGAGGGAUCAGAUAGUGGUGAAAGUUUUCAAAGUCUGACCGAUGUCCGUACCAAGAAGAAGGUACGACAAUAA